AUGGGCCCUUCCAGCAGUGUGAUUCCCCCCUGGUUUCUGAACCCCAGCAAGGAGGGUCCUGAGUUUGGGAAGACGGACGGUCCGUCGGUCGCUUGUUUGGAGAGCGCUCGUGAGGGGCUUUGGAACAGCAAGAUGACUUCCAAUUUCGCCACUCGGUACAAAAAGGAUCUGAGCACGGAGGCUCUGAAGACGAAACUGGUGCGCCGGAAAUCCAUCUCGCAAAAGGAGAGCAGGCACAAGCGCUUCAAUAAGGGCAGGCAGUUUGGGCUGGCCGAUGUCAAUACUCAACAUGCGAGAGACAAGGAACUUUCUCGUCUGGAGGAGAUGAGUGAAGCGCACUCACCGGAUAAGAGCCAUGGAAAGCCAAAGCAAAUACCGAAUGCCAAGAUUUGUGGGAAGGAGCGCAUGGAAAUGCUCCAGCGUUACAAAGCCGAAAAAGAACUUCGGAAGCUGAAGGAGCAAAGAGAGAAGCCCGUGUUUAAGUGUGGGCGGUACAAGCCGGAAAUGCCUUCCUUUCUUCCGCCGUCAUCGCAGAUCCCCGUGCUGAGCAAGCCAAGAGAGAAGGCAUCGGCACUCCCAGUGCGGGUAACAAGAUCGAAGGCAAAGAGCGUCUUGGAAGAAGUGGCGAAUCCCCCUGCAAGAUCACAGGCAUCAACGAUGGUGCCGAAGUGCACCAGGAAGGACGGCGGUCUGCAGCCCCCUCAGCCCAGGCAACAACCCAUCUAUGUGGACAAACCUGCCAAAAAAGAGAGCAAAGGGCCUCAGUCUGCAAUCCCCCCACCCACCCACGGAAGAGUGACAAGAGCAACAGCCGCUGCUAUGUCCAGGAUCCCUCAAGUCUUCAAACCAGCUGCGACUGCGGGUAAUCAGAUGCAAAGGAGAGUGGCACGCAAAGGAAAGCAACAAACAGAGACCAGAAACGCGGAGGUGUUGCGUGAUACGAAAGAGGAUGUUACGAUGGAGCCAGUAGAAGAGAGGGCCGACUUCCAGCCUGCUUUGGCUGAAGAGGCCGAGGUCUUUCCCGAGAAGGAAAACAUGCCCAUAUCUUUCGUCCCUGCCCUCUCUCCAAGAAGAACCCGUUCGUUUGCCCCUCAGAACUUUGUCUUUAAGCCUCUGGAGGGCAUGGCCUCCUUCAAGGUCACCCCCAUGACCCCUUCCAGGGCCAACGUGUUCUUGUCACCCGACCUCACUUGGAGCCCUACUAAGACCACCAGUGAAGCCCCGAAGGAGGAUGCAAAGGAGCCCGCACCGCUGGACCGUCGUUUGGAAAGAGGAUCUUCCCCUGCGGCAGAAAUAAUCAAGGAGGACCUUCCAGAAUGUCGGUCUGCAGUGGAGUCCCAGGAGGAGGAGACAGAGCGUACGUCUGAUGAAACAACAAUGGCUAUUCCCUGCGAGACGAAGCAGCUUGCCAGCCUUCCUGCAUCCGAAGCUUUGGACCCAACCGGAGAACCGCAGCACGAUGUGCCUUAUUUCAGAAACAUUCUUCACUGUGAAACAGAGAGGCUGUCCUCGUGUUGCCUUGACUGGGAUGGAACAGCUGAGACGGACAUCCCAGAGGAUGCAAAAGAUCUCGUCCGGACGACCGUCGGGCAAACCCGGCUGCUCGUAGCGGAGAGAUUCAAGCAGUUCGAAGGGCUGGUGGACAACUGUGAGUUCCGACGCGGCGAAAAGGAGACGACAUGUUCGGACCUGGAUGGAUUCUGGGACAUGAUCGCCUUCCAGGUAGAAGAUGUGAAUAAAAAAUUUGAGCGCUUGAGAAAGCUUCAGGAGAACGGAUGGCAAGCGGCAGAGGGCAACCAGACCAAGCCAAUCACCAAGAAGAAGUCCGCCUGCCAAAGGGUUGCCAGAGCGUCACAUGGCUCUGCUGGGAGGACCGCUGCCCGGAAACGCCUCGCAGCCAUCAAGGAGAUGAUGAAAAACAAGACGAAACCUGAAGAGGCGGCAGCCGACUCAGCGGGCCAAGCGACGCCACAGGAGAAAGAGGAGAAAAUCACCUUUGAUGGGGGCUUCUUCCGAGUUGAAUCCCCUGCCAGACUCUUCCUAGGCCAGACUCCCAAAUCAGCCAACAGGUCUUCGAGACGGGCUUCCAGACGGGCCACUCCGAGAUCUGCCAGCCGACGCUCGCUUAGGAGCUGCGUGGAUAACUUAGUCACGAGAUUGGCCACUCCGGCAGCACACAGAAGCUGUCCUCCUUCGCCUGACCCAGAUGCAGUCACCGGCCUUCCUCAAACCUAUUUCCUCAGUCACAUUUCUGAUGAAAGUGACACGCAAGCUGCGGAAGGAUCCAGCGCCGCAGUAGACGGCACGGCAGGAGAAGCUGACGAAACACAAAGAGCCACCACUGACGGCACCCCUCGCUCUAGCGACACAAACGACUUGGAUUCCGCUGAUUCCCGGGCGACAGAAAGUCCCGAGACUGAAAACAAUGACUCGGAUGUCGCAGAAGAGGUUCAGCAGACCACGAUGGAGCUGGGAGAAGACGGUGUGAUGCAGAGUCCGGAGAAGGAUGCCCUGGUCGAAGGCGCUUCCUCUCAAAGUGAAGAACAGCACACCCCAGAACAGCAGACAGGCCCUCUCCUCGCUGGCUUCUCCUGCAACAGCGCAACCCCUGAGGGCAAGCCAAACCUGAACUGCAGUCUUUUCUUCACGCCUCUCAAGAACGAAGCUCAGAAAUUCGCUGCCGCAGCUUCGGACAAUGACCUGAUUGUGUUUUCUCCCCUUCCUUUCCCGGCUGGAGAGAAGUGAGGGACUUCCUUUCUUUUUCUUUUCAGUAUAGUUUGUUUGGGAGGCGUCAUCCUGGAUGACGGGGUACAUCUCUGCACUGAGUAAACAGCUUUCUCCGUCUUAUGAAUUCUAACCGAGUACUGAAUUUACACCCCAACAUUCUAAAGAAAGGGUUUUCCGCUUAAACUAUAUCAUGCAGAGUUUGGCUUAUCGCUGCUGACUGGAUACGACUGCUUCUGCAGGAGAGACCCAACUGAUGGGGAAUAGAAAUGAUAAAACCCUGGGCAUCUAAAUCUAUUUAGUUUUCAGCUGUUUGAACAGGCUAGAGUUAACGACAAAUAUUUCAGGCCCUGUAAGUCCGCUGUUAAUUAUUUGAAGGUUUAAUCCGCCUUCAAAAAAAAUGAGCGCGUUCAAAAAAAAUCAAAAUGUUUUUACAGAGUUCUCUCUUUUUUCUUUUUUGUCUUUGGCAUAUUUCAACGGCUUUAUUAAAGUUACGUUAACCCUC